AUGCAGUUCUCCCACGCUCUGAUUGCCCUCGUUGCCGCCAGCCUGGCCAACGCUCAGCUCCCCGAUGUCCCCGCGUGCUCGCUUAACUGCUUCGUCACCGCUCUGACCACUGAUGGUUGCUCGGCGUUGACCGACUUUGCCUGCCAUUGCCAGAAGACCUCCCUGGUCAGCAGCAUCACUCCCUGCGUCCAGAAGGCCUGCCCGGUUUCCGACCAGAUCUCCGUUUCGAACGCCGUCGUCGCGCAGUGCAAAUCCGCCGGCCACCCCAUCGUCGUUCCUCCCAUUGAGACCUCCAAGACCUCUGAGACCUCUGCCACCGAGACCUCCUCUGGCUCUGAGACCACUGCCACUGCCACUGGCUCCGGCUCCAGCUCUGCCUCUGCCACCGAGACUGGCUCUGCUACCAACACUGGCUCUGCCACUGGCACUGGUGCCACCACUGGUGCCACCACCCCCGGCUCCACCCCCUCUGGCUCCGGCGCUGCUGGCUCUACCCCAGCUGGCACCUCCACCCCUCUGGUCACCAAGACUAGCGGUGGCUCCGGCGGCUCUGGCGCUGCCACCACCUCCCCCGCUUUCAACGGUGCCUCCGGCGUCAAGGGCAACAUGGCUGGUGUUGCUGCCAUUGCUGCUGCCGCUGCCUACAUCCUGUAA